CCUUGCCCCUGGGCCUCACAUUCCAAGCACAGUGACCCGAAUCACUCGCGUCACUCGCAAGCCAAAUCGCCAUGGAACUCUCCCUGACCUUAUCCCCUGCUCUCCAGCUCGUCCUGCUCAUCCCUUUAUUCCCUCUGCUCUGCUUGCUCUUCCUGCGCCAGGACCCCAAGAAGCAGCCUCGCGCCCAUGGCCUCAAGACCUACCCGCUCAUCGGCACGCUCCCGCACUUCGUCAAGAACCGGGACCGCUUCCUCGACUGGUCCACUGACGUCAUCAAGCGCGACCCCACUCACACCAUGACCUUCAAGGCCCUCGGCCUCACCGGCGGCGCCAUCACCGCCAACCCGGCCAACGUCGAGCACAUCCUCAAGGCCAACUUCGGCAACUACCCCAAGGGCAAGCUUACGGUGUCCAUGAUCGAGGACUUUCUUGGACAUGGCAUCUUCAACUCUGAUGGAGAACAGUGGCUGUGGCAGCGCAAGGCCGCCAGCUACGAGUUCAGCAAGCGCUCGCUACGGAACUUCGUCGUCGACACCGUUCGGUUCGAGGUCAUUGAGCGCCUGCUGCCGCUGCUCGAGCGGGCGGCGCGCGACGGCCGGACGCUGGACGUGCAGGACGUGCUCGAGCGCUUCGCGUUCGACAACAUCUGCCGCGUCGCCUUCGACGAGGAUCCGGCGUGCCUCGCCGAGGAGGGCAUGGACGCGCCCCAGAGCGCCGAGUUCAUGCGCGCCUUUGACGACGCGCAGAACGCCAUCAUGGCACGGUUCAUGUCGCCGGUCAAGUCGUUGUGGCGCGUCAAGAGGCUGCUCAACAUGGAGCCCGAGAGGCGGAUGCGCGAGGCGCUCGACACCAUCCAUGGCUACGCCGGCAAAAUCGUCCGAGAGCGCAGGGAGAGAGGGGAGGCCGGGCUGGCGUGCAGGGACGACUUCCUAUCGCGCUUCGCCGCGAGCAGCGAGCACAGCGACGAGAGCCUCCGGGGCGUGGUCACCAACUUCCUCCUCGCCGGGCGCGACACGACGUCCUCGGCGUUGACAUGGUUCUUCUGGUUGGUAUUCACCCGGCCCGACGUGGAGGACAAGAUCGUGCGCGAGAUCCACGCGGCGCGCGCUUCCAGCCACGGGAGACCGGGCGCAACGUUCACCUUCGAAGAGCUGCGCGACAUGCACUACCUCCACGCCGCCAUCACCGAGUCGAUGCGGCUGUACCCGCCGGUGGCCGUGGACACGCACGGCUGCAAGCAGGACGACUUCCUGCCGGACGGCUCGUUCGUCGGGAAAGGGUGGCUGGUGACCUACUCCGCGUACGCGAUGGCGCGGGUGGAGGACAUAUGGGGCAAGGACUGCGAGGAGUUCCGGCCGGAGCGGUGGCUCGGCGAGGACGGCGCUUUUCGGCCGGAGAGCCCGUUCAAGUACCCGGUCUUCCACGCGGGGCCAAGGAUGUGCCUCGGCAAGGAGAUGGCGUACAUUCAGAUGAAGUCCAUCGUCGCGUGCGUAUUCGAGAGGUUUAGCUUCCGGUUCGUCGGCGGUGAGGAGCGGCCGGGGCUCGUGCUCUCACUGACUCUGCGGAUGAAGGGCGGGUUGCCAAUGCAAGUGAUCAAGAGGAAGAAGUAGGCAAUCUAAUGCUACUUAGACAUGCCUGCUUGGUAGUCGUUAGUAACAAGUGUAUUGUUUUGUGACUGUUCUUCUCACUUGGUCGGAGAAAUAAAACGUCAGAAGGGACUCGAUGUACUGUAUGCCACUUGUACUUAUGAACACCAGUUAUAAGUGAAUUUGAGCA